GUGAUGGAAAGACUUGAGAAUGCUACCUGGAGGCGCCAGCAGGAACUGGAAGAUGCACUCAAGAAAUACCUGAACAGCACGGAGGACUACCUAGCCUACCUGUGCGGGCCUCGGCAAAGCCACCUCUUCCUCCCCAUGUCUGUAGUGUACGCGCUGAUUUUUGUGGUGGGGGUGGUGGGCAAUGUCCUGGUGUGCCUGGUGAUUCUGCGGCACCAGAGCAUGAAGACACCCACCAACUACUACCUCUUCAGCCUGGCCGUCUCCGAUCUCCUGGUCCUGCUCCUCGGCAUGCCCUUGGAAGUCUACGAGAUGUGGCGCAACUACCCCUUCCUGUUUGGGCCGCUCGGUUGCUACUUCAAGACGGCACUCUUUGAGACUGUGUGCUUUGCCUCCAUCCUCAGCAUCACCACGGUCAGCGUGGAGCGCUACGUGGCCAUCCUCCACCCACUCCGGGCCAAGCUGGAGAGCACCAGACGGCGGGCUCUCAGAAUCGUGGCCGUGGUCUGGGGCUUCUCUGUCCUUUUCUCUCUGCCCAAUACCAGCAUCCACGGCAUCAAGCUCCACUACUUCCCCAAUGGCUCCUUGGUCCCCGGCUCCGCCACCUGUGAGAUCAUCACGCCCAUGUGGAUCUACAACUUCAUCAUCCAGGUCACUUCCUUCCUGUUCUACGUCCUCCCCAUGACUGUCAUCAGUGUGCUCUACUAUCUCAUGGGGCUCAGACUGAAGAAAGAUAAAUCCCUUGAUGCAGAUGAAAUGACCACAAAUAUUCAAAGACCCUCCAGAAAAUCAGUGACCAAGAUGCUGUUUGUCCUAGUCUUGGCGUUUGCUAUCUGUUGGACCCCAUUCCAUAUUGACCGACUCUUCUUCAGCUUUGUGGAAGAAUGGAAUGAAUCCCUGGCUGCUGUGUUCAAUCUCAUUCAUGUGAUAUCAGGUGUCUUCUUCUACCUGAGCUCAGCUGUCAACCCCAUUAUCUAUAACUUACUGUCUCGCCGCUUCCAGGCAGCGUUCAGGAACGUGAUCUCUCCUUCCUGCAAACGGGGGCACAUGCAGCAUCACUCACAGGAACCACCUACACAGCGGAAUAUUUUCUUGACAGAAUGCCACCUUGUGGAUCUGACUGAAGAUGCAGGUCCCCAAUCACCCCCCUGUAACUCUCACCUCUCCAGCAGCCCUCUGCACUCUACAGGAAUCAUGAAAGGAGUUGUUAAAAGUGCCACCUUUAGGAGGCCUGAACUUUUUGAGUUUACAGAGAGUCACAUCCUAUAA